AUGCCUCUCUUUCGGGGACAGCAGCAGAAAAUUAAAAGAAUUGAUUCAACGACUAGACCUUCGGGUAGUGAAAAGAGAAACUUGGGUCCUGGCAAUGAUGGUGGACCAAACAGUCGAGGGCCCAUUACACUUCGAUCAGGCCUUGCUCCCAAACGGGCAGCUGAUUUUGAUGCUAAAGCUUCAACCAGCGGCUCUGGCUAUCAGGAUGAGGAAAUGUCGGAACACUCACAGACUAGCGAAGAUGCUAGCCCGUCAGCCAGAGGGUCCAGGCCUUACAAUACACUUGUGCAAUCGCUGAAUGCGAGAGGAGGACCAUUACAAAAGAAAAGGAAGACCACUACACUCUCACCUUCUCCAAAUAUCGACAUAGAGAAAGGCCUGCUGAUUCAAUCUGAAUCAUCAGAAGAGGAUGAUCAUGCAUCGUUGGAGGGCAUAAUGUUAGCUUCCAGCGAGGAGCAGGCUGAUCUCUCCUCUGGCCGUGUGACCGCCUCAGCCCAGAGAAUGGGAUCUCAAAAGAUUGAUGCUAUCAAGGCAGGUAAGUGGUGUGAUGGCAAGACGGAAAAGAACGAGGCCUGGUCUGCCUCGUUCAAGUAUCCAGAUAUUGGAUCUCCUGAGAACGAGGAUGGAACCCGGCCUUACGCUCAAUUUGGGCCCGCUCUGGUGAAGGAUUCUUUAAAGUCAGCUUUGACAAAGGUGAUGCAGGAUUUAGAUGUUCAGUUGGAGCAUUUUGCUUCGCAAGUCUUCAAUUAUCGUGACAUUUUAUUUCCACUGAGGGCACUGGAUAAUUCAGGUCUCAUUUGUCGCUUGGUGUCCUUGCAACUCCUCAAUCAUAUCUUGAGAACUCGUGACAGAGUGAUAAAAAAUAAUGCACGGCUCGCUAGGGAAAAAAUUGGCAUUGAGAUAGACGCUAGAGACCAAGGCUUUACUAGACCGACAGUACUCCUCGUUUUACCGACAAGGCAAGCUUGUGUUCGAUACAUUGAGACUUUGAGUUCGAUGCGCAGGCCUGAGCAAGAGGAGAAUAAGAAGAGAUUUAGUGACAAUUUUGCCUCCGGCAUAGAUGGAGUCUUGGAUCAAAAACCAGCAGACUUUCAGGAGCUCUUUGGAGGCAAUGACGAUGACAUGUUUCGGCUUGGUGUGAAAUUCACGCGCAAAACGAUCAAAUAUUUCUCGAAAUUUUACAGUUCAGAUCUUAUCAUUGGCAGUCCACUGGGUCUGCGUAUGGCUAUCGGAGCUCAUGGUUCAAAGACCUACGAUCAUGACUUCUUAAGCUCAAUUGAAGUGGUAAUUGUUGACCAAGCGGAUGCUAUUGCAAUGCAAAAUUGGGAACAUAUUGACUACCUAUACGAUCACCUCAAUCUUCAGCCCAAGCAAGCUCACGGAUGCGACUUUGGUCGCGUUCGGGCUUGGUAUCUGGAGGGACAUGCAAAAUUUGGUCGACAGAAUAUUGUGAUUUCGGCCUUCAAUUUUCCGUCCUGCAACAAGCUGUACGCUGAUCAGAUGCUCAAUGUUGCUGGUAAAGUACGUUUCAAAAAGCUCGAAGGUGGCAUCAUCAACGAGCUCAGCAUCUCGCCAAAGCAGACCUUUUCACGUGUCGACAUCUCAAACUUGGCGACCGAACCUGACGAUCGUUUCAACUAUUUUUGCUCGACCGUCCUCCCUCAACUGACCAAGGCCUCAAAAUACCGCAGUGGAUUAGCAGGGGUACUGAUUUUUAUGCCAUCGUAUCCAGAUUUCGUACGUGUCCGUAAUUACAUGGAGAGCGACUCGGCCGCCAAGGGGAUCUCGGUCAGCUCUAUAUCCGAAUACACACCGGCAAAGGAAGUGUCUCGUGCUCGCAGCCACUUCCUCACUGGGCAUAAUUCCGUGUUACUCUAUACCGAGCGCAUGCAUCACUUCAGGCGCUAUCAUCUCAAAGGUGUUCGCCGGGUCGUCAUGUACGGAUUGCCAGAAAACCCCCUAUUUUACAAAGAAAUGGUAGAGGGCUAUUUGAGCGCUAGCGUUAUUACAGGGAACCUAGAUCUUAAGGAGGCAAAUGUCAGGAUCCUUUUCUCGAAGCUUGAUAUGUUAAAACUCGAGCGUGUCGUUGGAUCCAAGAGACACCUUUCAAUGCUCCAAGGUAAGGAGGGAGAUACGUUUGACUUCACGUAG